CGGCGGCGGCGGCGGCGGCAGAGGAGGGGAGGACGGGGGCGGCGUCGGACUGGAGCCGAGCGGCGGCGGGAGCUGCCCGGGGCGCUGUCGUGAGCUUGCCCGCCGGGCUCCCACCCCCGAACUACACCCUGCCGUGCCCAGCUCUGCCCGCGUCCGUGCCCCCGCGGGGAGCGCGCCGGGGCUGCCCCCCGAAUGACGGGCGGAAGGUUCGACUUCGACGAUGGCGGCACCUACUGCGGCGGCUGGGAGGAGGGCAAGGCGCACGGGCAUGGCAUCUGCACGGGGCCCAAGGGCCAGGGCGAGUAUUCGGGCUCCUGGUCGCACGGCUUCGAGGUGGUCGGAGGCUACACCUGGCCCAGCGGCAACACCUACCAGGGCUACUGGGCGCAGGGCAAACGGCACGGGCUGGGGGUGGAGACGAAGGGCAAGUGGAUGUACCGGGGGGAGUGGUCACAUGGUUUCAAGGGGCGCUACGGGGUCCGCCAGAGCCUAUGCACCCCCGCCCGCUACGAGGGUACCUGGAGUAACGGGCUGCAGGACGGGUACGGCGUGGAGACCUACGGGGACGGAGGUACCUACCAGGGCCAGUGGGCCGGCGGCAUGCGGCAUGGCUAUGGCGUGCGCCAGAGCGUGCCCUACGGCAUGGCCACGGUGAUCCGUUCUCCACUGCGCACCUCGCUGGCCUCGCUGCGCAGCGAGCAGAGCAACGGCAGCAUCCUUCACGAUGCUGCGGCCGCGGCCGAUACCCCGACGGGCACUCGUGGUGGCUUUGUGCUCAAUUUCCACGCGGACGCUGAGCUUGCAGGCAAGAAGAAGGGCGGCCUCUUCCGCCGGGGCUCGCUUCUGGGAAGCAUGAAGCUUCGCAAGUCUGAGUCCAAGUCUUCCAUCUCCAGCAAGCGCAGCUCUGUCCGCAGUGACGCGGCCAUGAGCAGGAUCAGCUCCAGCGACGCCAAUUCCACCAUCAGCUUCGGUGACGUUGAUUGUGAUUUUUGCCCUGUGGAAGACCACGUGGACGCCACCACCACGGAAACCUACAUGGGCGAGUGGAAGAAUGACAAGCGCAAUGGUUUCGGCAUCAGUGAGCGCUCCAACGGCAUGAAGUACGAAGGCGAGUGGGCUAACAACAAGAGGCACGGCUAUGGCUGCACUGUGUUUCCCGACGGCUCCAAAGAAGAGGGGAAAUACAAAAAUAAUAUUCUGGUUCGCGGAAUAAGGAAGCAGCUUAUACCCAUAAGAAAUACAAAAACUAGGGAGAAGGUGGACAGAGCGAUUGAAGGCGCGCAAAGGGCAGCUGCCAUGGCGAGAACCAAGGUAGAAAUCGCAAAUUCAAGGACUGCACACGCAAGAGCGAAAGCUGACGCCGCUGACCAGGCUGCGCUGGCCGCCCGCCAGGAGUGCGACAUCGCGAGAGCUGUGGCCAGGGAGCUGUCGCCUGACUUCUACCAGCCAGGCCCUGAUUACAUCAAACAGAGACUUCAGGAAGGUGUAGAUGCUAAAGAAAACCCUGAGGAAAAGGUACCAGCAAAUCCACCUACACCAAAGGAAUCUCCUCACUUCUAUCGCAAAGGCACCACCCCGCCAAGGUCUCCUGAGGCAAGUCCCAAACACAGCCACUCUCCGCAGCCUUCCCCCCCAAAACCUAUGAAGAAGCAGAACCCCGGCCCAGGGGUGAGACUCAGUCAAGAUAAAAGGAGUGUGGCUGAAGAGCAGGUGCCAGCCGUUGUCAAUAAGCCCUUGAUGUCAAAGGCUCCCACAAAGGAGGUAGGAGCCAUCGUGCCCCAGCCCAAGUACUCUGGCCGCCACCAUGUCCCCAACCCCAGUAAUGGGGAAUUGCAUUCUCAGUAUCACGGCUACUAUGUGAAGCUGAACGCCCCCCAGCACCCUCCUGAAGACGCAGAGGAUGAGGGUGGUUCGAGCCAGUCUUCCUCAGCACUGGUGCACAAGCCAUCACCUAACAAGUGGAAUCCCCCUAAAUCUGUGACAAAACAAGUUGCCAAAGAAAGCAAAGCUGAGCCAAAAGCUAAGAAGUCUGAACUUGCUAUACCAAAGAAUCCAAGGAAUGAUUCAUACCCUUCCAUGGAAAAAGAAGCCAAUUCAGGCCCUAAUUCAGUCAUGAUUGUCCUCGUCAUGCUGUUGAAUAUAGGCCUGGCCAUUCUUUUUGUUCACUUUCUAACCUGAUCGAAAUUAGGAAAGGUAAGGACAACCUUAAUUUCUGUAUCACAUCACUGUCAAAUUAUUUAUUCGUAUUUGAAUUCAGUCUUUUUUAACAAUGACAUAUUGUCCUUCACUUUAAUUUUGGCUGUGCCUGAAUGUGAUUCAACAUAGUUACUUAAUGUCUAACUGUUUUGACCCUUCAGUGCAGUCAUGACAACUAGUGGUGGUAGCCCACAGUUCCCUGCCGUGCUGUCGCCAGCCCUUUAAAUGGCACACCCCAGGCAGACUCAGACACAGGGAAGGAGGCUUGGAAUUAGAAUGGGAUCGCCAGAGAGAUGAAACUUGGAAAAUUCAGCCAGGGGACCUGUCCAUUUCCCCUGGGGUCCUCUGGGAGCUGAAGCACGCAGCCAUUUUGGAGAGCAAAACAUAAUAAUAAUUCUUUUUUAAAAUCUGCUGAAGCAGCCUCAUCCAGCGAUGUUCUUGGCAUUGGCUACUCCAUCUGUCUUAGCAGAGUGUGACUAAACUGGAAAUGUAUGGAGCUGCAUUUUUUUUUUUUGAUGGAAGUCAACAGCUGCCUUACUAUUUUACCAUCUGACGUUUUUAGUAGGGAGCUGGGGAAACGACUGCCGGAGGAAUGCGGCCGGAGGAUUGUGUUGCUGUGGCCGUGGUUCCAACAUUCACUCCUAUCUCAUUAGAAGAAAUAGGUAGCAGCAUCACUCACCAGUCUUAUGCCAUGACCUGCUGCUCUAACAUCUUGUGGAAUGUUCUGGGAGAGAACGUUUCGUUUGCUUGUGCACGACUCUGUUCGUAUUUUUGCUGUUGAUUUAAAUCUGAUGAAUAAUCAUCGCACCACCUGCGGUCCUGGCCCAAUGAAACACACAUGUCGCAUCUCAAGGAAAAGAACAACAAGAUGUUAGUGACUACGUGUUGUCUUGGAUAGCAGUAUAUCAUGUCUCAUGUCAUGUGUUCUUCCUAAACCUAUCGGAGGCUAUUUCUCUUUAAAAUUUAGCAACUUGAAGGCAUCAUACCUUCCAAAGAAAUAAUUUUAGUUGUUUAAACCUGAGGUGAAUUACUGAUGCACUUAGGAGGUGCUAAAUUUUCAAAGCUGAGAAACAACAGAACUCGUAAGAAGUCCAGUCAAAAUGUUGCAUGGACUGCAGUAGUCAGUGCUCAGAGGAUUCAGUUUCAUUGCUGACGUACUUUACAACCAAAUAAAAUCUGGUCAGAGGCUAUGUUAAUUCCCAUCAAAGUUAAGCAAGAUGCUAUUAAUAACUGUUCUUGUUUCCAACUUCAGUUUUUGUUGAAUACAUUCAGGUAGCGCAUAGAGCUUUGUGAAAUCAUUGCUUUUUGGUUUUCUGCCUUUCAUGUUUUUCGAAGUCCUUUUGUAAUUUCAUUUCAAAUUUUAAAGGCAUAGACAUUUUUAUUUUAAAUAUUUGUCUUUUGCAGUCUUUUGUUCUGACAUAUUCUGAAGGGGUUUUUUUUUGGUGUUUUAUAAUUUAGCCUUUAUUAUUCAGAAGCAUGCUUACCUAGAGAAACUACAGGGUCUUUAUAAAAGAAACUAUUUAAAGAAAUCAGGGGAGAAGGGGUAUCUGUUAAAUCUCUGUAAGACAUUACAUUUCAGAGGGGGAGCUGUUCCUAAAUGCUGUUGUCACUUGCAUGGUGUAAUCCGAUUCUUUUUACCUUAUUAGCUGCCUUCUCAAUACAGAGGAGACAGCUCACAUGAUGCCCACGUUAGCACAGGUGUGGGCUGGAGGCUUUGUCACCUGCGAGGUAGUAACCCAGUGACGUUUCUCGCAGAAAUGCAGUAUGUUGUGAAUCCUGGGUGUGACCAAUAUGGAAUACAGAAGGCGGCAGAAAGAGCAAAUGAAAAAUUACACCUCGUAUUUGUUUUUUACAUUUUGCUUUGACUUUCCAAUUUAGGAAGUACAUUUUUACCCAAGAACAAACCUUUCAGUUCCCAUGUCUGUCUCAGUCCUCACGGCUCCUGCCUAACCCCUUUAGCUUCUUAUGCUGGGAAAGCUGAUUUUUUUUUAAAGAAAAUAAACUAUUUAAUCUCAUUAAUGUUUAUUUAAAACAUGUAAUGCUUUGGAAAUAAUGGGUAAUAGAUAACUACAGGAUAUGUUUAUAAAGUGAGCAUGUUGGUUCCAUUUAUAAAUAUAUGUAUGAUUUAUAAGCUUUUUUAAAACAAAGCUCAAAUUGUUGGUAUUUUUCUAAAAUGUGCACAGCUGUAUUUUACAUGAAGGCUCUUUCUAAUGGAUUGUUAUACUGUACUCUACAUUUUGGACAGCACCUGAAGUCUGCCAAUGUACUUAAUAAAACAUGACUUUGUUUAUUUAAAAUUUCUUGCUGUGAAAAAAGAACUCCCUACCUGUGGGUUCCUUUAUUUAUAAUCCUGAAACCAAAAUGUAUAAUGUACAGUUUUCACAACUGUAUCAGCUCUAAUAAAAGCAAAAAUGUUGGUUAUUAAU